UGGACGGUCACGGCAAUGUCCUUCAUGUUUCUCGUGCUGCGCGUCAUCUCGCGUCUUCGCGGCUCAAGACGACUGUUCUUCGAUGACUACCUGCUUAUAUUUGGGUGGAUCCUCGUAAUGCUCAGGACUGCCCUUUGGCAAUGGGCAGCAGUAGAAAUGUUUGUCUUUUCUUGUGUUCUAACCACAUUUACAGCGGACACAUCUAAUAGUCUGAGUCACGAUGAGUCCAUCACACGAUACAUCAGGGUGCAAGCCAUCGGCUUGCUGUUCUACUACACAACACUCCUCGCCGCAAAGCUGUCCAUAAUAUUCUUUUUCCGACGCCUUGGCCGCAACGCUCGAAGACAAAAGCGAAUAUGGUGGCCCGUCCUCCUCGUUUCACUCGCCACUUACAUCGUCUCGAUCAGUUAUUUUCCCUACGCCUGCUUAGUCGGGUCUGGGUACGACCAGUAUGUGGUCUGUCACCCGACCGCCUUUCACGGUCUCGGUACGAGGAUGAUCGCCGUCAAUACGGGGUUAGAUAUUCUGUCGGAUCUUUUCAUCAUGACGUUGCCGCUCGCCUUGGUCUGGGGCUUAAGACUGAAGUUCAAAAAGAAGCUGGCGUUCAUGGGACUCUUUUCCUUGUCCUUGAUUACCAUCGCAGUUGCUAUACUGCGC